AUGCACGCUGCCUACCUGACCAGGUCUGAAGCUUUUCAUAUUGCUGAUUUUUAUACCACAUGUCCGAGGAAAGCUCAGUUCCACACGGACCUCUGGUGCUAUUUCACCGUCCAGAACUGCCUGCUGGACUUUGGCAGGCCUUUAGUCAAGAUCUUUUGUCCUUUGGAAUGGCUUCCUUUGAGCAAACCCAGUGCUGGCGACUAUUUCCACAUGCUGUACAACAUCACCACACCCUUCCUGCUGCUCAAGCUCAUAGAGCGAAGCCCGAAGACGUUACCUCGCUCCGCCGUCUACCUGUGCAUCAUCACGUUUGUGAUGGGUGCCAGCAUUCACCUGGUUGGAGAGUCCAUCAACCACCGGCUUCUGCUCAGCGGAUACCAGCUGCACAUGAGCGUCAGAGAAAACCCCAUCAUGAAGAACCUCAGACCAGAAACUCUGAUCGACUCGUUUGAGUUGCUGCAGUAUUAUGAUGAAAGUCUGGCUCACUGUAUGUGGUAUGCUCCUCUGUUCCUCAUCCUGUUCCUGUAUUUUACUGGCUGCUUCACUGUUGUCAAAGCACAGAAGACGAUGCCCAUCUCCGCUUGGCUUCUCCUGGGUCCUAGUGGCCUUUACUACUGGUAUCUUGUGACAGAAGGACAAAUUUUCAUCCCGUUCAUUUUAACUUUUUUUGCCAUGACGGCUACGGUCGUGCACCAGAAGCGCAAAGGUUUUCUGCCCGAUGGUAACGGACUCUUCCUGCUCUACAGUUUUUCACUGUCGCUCGUGUUAGUGACCAUCUGGGUCGCCUGUCUGUGGAACGACGAGGUGUUACGGAGGAAAUAUCCAGGAGUGAUGUAUAUACCAGAGCCGUGGGCCGUUUACACACUGCAUCUCAGAGACAAACACAUGACGCUCACAGACUGAACCUGCACUCCAAACCACUCAGAUCAUUUAAUAUGACUUGACUUGCAACUGUAAACUCUUUAUUUAUAAGUAACCAUCACGUUGCACCUUCAGAAAUGGACUUUAUGCAUAGCAUGCAUCCUAUGAAUUUCUGCAAAAAUGUGUGCACAGAGUGUGUUUUGACUGUGCAAAGAUUUCCAGCGGCCCAAGAAAUGCAAUAUAUUCCACUCCACUCCACUCCACUCCACUCUACUCUACUCUACUCUACUCCAUUCUACUCUACUCUACUCU